GCUGUAUAAAUGUCACAUCCUUGUUCUUUAAAAUCGGAGCUGGUGCGUCUCCAGUCAGGAUGAAUUUUGGUUCCAAAAGCAAGAAGCGGAUGGUGCUGCCGUCCAGACCGGAUCCGCCGACCGUGGAGCAGAUCAUGGAGGACGUGAACCGAGCCUGUCCCAGCGAUCCGGUGUUCACCGUUUCACACGAUUCUGCUGAAGAUCUGAAAACCAGUUCCAGCAGCAGCGAAGUGGAGGUGAGAUACCUGCAGAGCAGACGCUACAUAGAGCUGCAUGAGCGAUUGCAAGAGGAACGUGGCAAUCUCACACGGCGGAGAGAUGAGCUGCGUGCGGCUGGGGAGUCUUUGGAGCACGGCAUGAUGGAGGUGAAGAGGAGCGCUCUGUGAAAACUCGCCUGUAGCUUUUGAACUUGAGAUUUGCUCAUUCAGUAGCUGAUGAUUUGAGCAUGGCACUUAAUUUCCACGAAAGAGCCUUUCCUCUUGCUAAGCUGUCAUCAUAAUAACGCUCUAAAUGUGCCACUUGGACACUUCUGACAUUUUCAAUUUAUGUUCAUGAUAUUUCUGGCUGAUCUGUUUUUUUUAUUAAAUCUACUUGGUCAAUGUUAAUGUGUUGUGUGUGUUCAGUACUGUAUAAGUGCAGUCCAUUUCACAAGUUGUGCAGUCUUAAUGCAUUUUUCAUUAAUGUAAUUUGCAUCUAAUUUUCACAAUCCAAGCUUUCUUGAUUUUAUUGAUGACUGGAAUUGUUCAGGGUAGACUGUAUAUAUUAUAUUAGGGUGACCAUACGUGUCAUUUUUCCUGGACACGUCCUUGCCAGGAUUUGUUUUGGCUUUGUUUUCAUUCUUGCUGAAGGUAAUGAUCGAAAAGUAGUUUGACCAAUAACAUGCAGGCAUUGUACAUAAUGGAACAAUCAUGGUGUGUGAGAAGGUGGGAUCUACGGUCAAAGCGAUGCAGAUAUGCGUACUUAUUAGGUGUGUUCGACUUAAAGCGCCAUGGCUCAGACCGAUCGGAGUUUGACAUCAAAGUACCUCGAGAGCGAUUUGAAAGCAUAAGGAACCGUCUGAUGUCAUACAUCGGUCACAAACAAAGCCAAAACCUAGAUAUUUUAGGCAAUAUAGAAAUACUGGCCAGGACGCGUCCAGGAAAAAUGGCACAUAUUGUCACCCUAAAUUUAUAUGUAUGUAUAUAUUCACAGUGACGUGUGUUAAAGUGGAGAUUAAUAGCCUGCUAAGGGACUAAUUAUCUAUACAAAAAUCCUUAAUUUUAAAAUGUAAAGAUCUCACAGCUUGUGAUUUCUGUGGCUUUCGUGCAUUGGUUCUCAAGCUGUGGUCCAUAAUUGGCCAGUAAAAAAAACUCAAAGCAGUAGCACAGAGUCUGAUU